AUGCCAUCCGCAGAUAAACUUAAAGAAGUUUUCAAUCUUUACGACGAAGAACUCGAUGGUAAAGUCGAUGUUUCACAAAUCGGAGAUGUUAUUCGUGCUUGUGGACUUAAACCAACCAAUGCUCAAGUUAAAAAAGCUUAUGGUGGAGAGGAAAUGAAAAAAGGAUCUAAGAGAGUUACUUUUGAAGAAUGGCUUCCAAUUUACGAACAAGUAAAAAAAGAAAAGGAAGUAGGAUCAUUUGCUGAUUUCUUGGAAGGACUUAGAGUAUUUGACAAGGAAGAAUCAGGAAAGAUCUAUAAAACUGAACUUAGGCAUGUAUUAUUAGCUUUAGGAGAACGUUUAACUGCUGAUGAAGCUGAUGAACUUUUGAAAGAUGCUGCUGAUGCUGAAGGACUUGUCAACUACGAAGCUUUCAUUAAGAAGGUCAUGGCUGGACCAUAUCCAGAUGAUCUUUAA